AUGCCUGAGGCCAUCAAUAACCAUCAAAUCAAGGACGACAUCAAGAAAGCCUAUGAUGACAUUGCUGAAGUCUACCUGGACUGGACACAACGUUCUCAUGAAGUACGACUUUCCUAUCUCGACCGCAUGCUUCGAUCCUUUGAUUCUGCAAAGGGAAAUAGCCAAAGCAUCCUUGAGGUAGGAUGCGGUGCCGGGGUACCGUGCACUCAACUUUUGGCAUCACAUGAAUACAUCAGUGUCACUGCAAAUGACAUAUCUGACACCCAAAUUGCCAUGGCGAAAAAGCGGCUUCCUGAGUCUGUGAACCUGAUACCAGGUGACAUGAUGGAAUUGCAAUUCAGUCAGGAGCAAUUCGAUGCUGUGGUGGCCAUGUAUUCCAUUUUUCAUCUGCCACGCGACGAACAAACCACAAUUCUUCGUCGAAUUUUCGACUGGUUGAAACCCGGAGGACGACUUCUCGCGAACUUUCCGGAAAUUGGAUUUGCGAGCUCUUCUGAUCAAUCUUGGUUGGGUGGUACAAAAGGUGCAAUGCAUUGGAGUGGCUGGGGUAGAGAUGAAAUGAGAAGACUUCUGGCGAAUAUUGGAUUUGAAAUCGAGAUUGAUGAGGUUGUCGUAGAUGAAGAAGAAGAAAAUGGAGUUUUCCGGAAGGUUGGAUUUAACUGGAUCUUAGCCAAAAGAGUAUGA